UGCGCACUCGCCGACGUCACGCGUUACCCAAGCAAGACAGACGCGUGCCCUCCCCCUGUGUGUGUGUGUGUGUGUCAGCAGCACCAUGGAUGUGUUACGGUGCACUGGUAUUCGGACAUCAUUGAGACAGCAGCAGCGAGUAACUGAGCAGUGAUGGAGCCUGUGCCGACACCUGACAUCUGAGUACAUGACAACAGGAGGUGGAGAGCUGAACCCUGAACCUGAAGAUGAGGCGUCUGUCACGGAGGAAGGCCCUGAGCUUGGUGAGGGAGCUGGACGCCUUCCCCAAAGUGUCAGAGAGCUACGUGGAGACCUCGGCGUCAGGAGGAACAGUGUCGCUGAUAGCGUUUGGGGCCAUGGCUCUUCUGGCCAUCUUGGAGUUCUUUGUUUAUAGAGACACGUGGAUGAAGUAUGAAUAUGAGGUUGACAAGGAUUUCUCCAGUAAACUGAGAAUAAACAUCGACAUCACAGUCGCCAUGAAAUGCCAGCAUGUUGGCGCAGAUAUUCUGGACCUGGCUGAGACCAUGAUCACAUCAAACGGCCUCCAGUACGAGCCUGUUAUUUUUGAGCUGACUCCACAGCAGAGACUGUGGCAAAGGACGCUGCUUCUCAUACAGAACAGGCUGAGAGAGGAACAUGCUCUCCAGGAAGUCCUUUACAAAACUCUCCUCAAAGGAGGUCCCACUGCCCUGCCCCCACGGGAGGAUGGCUCUGUGGAGCCGAUUGAUGCUUGCAGGAUACACGGGCACGUCUACGUCAACAAGGUGGCAGGAAAUCUACACAUCACAGUGGGAAAGCCCAUUCACCAUCCCCAGGGUCAUGCCCACAUCGCAGCUUUUGUGAGCCACGAGACUUACAACUUUUCCCAUCGAAUAGACCAUUUAUCUUUUGGGGAGGAGAUACCGGGCAUCAUCAGUCCUCUGGACGGCACCGAGAAAAUCACCUAUAACAAUAACCAGAUGUUCCAGUACUUUAUCACAGUGGUCCCAACCAGACUGAACACGUACAAGAUAUCUGCAGACACACACCAGUUCUCUGUGACUGAGCGGGAGCGAGUGAUCAACCACGCAGCAGGCAGUCACGGUGUGUCCGGCAUCUUCGUCAAGUACGACACCAGCUCUCUGAUGGUGACAGUCAGCGAGCAGCAUAUGCCACUGUGGCAGUUCCUGGUGCGACUGUGCGGUAUUAUCGGGGGAAUCUUCUCCACGACAGGCAUGCUCCAUGGGCUUGUUGGCUUCUUUUUUGACGUCAUCUGCUGUCGCCUUAAACUGGGAGUCUACAGGCCCAGAGAGGACGUGCAGCUUCACAACCAGAUGAACAAUCUAAACAAUCACCAGACUCCUUUGUUGGCUGAAGACGUCCCUCAGGAGUAGCUGCUUUAAAGCGACCAGGCUUUUGGCCAUCAUCAACCAUCUUCAGUAUGUCAUAGUUUUUUGUUUUUUUUUUCUAAAAAAGGCGAAGCUGUCUGUUAAACACUGUGCUUUUGACUUGAAAUAAAGUUCACAUCAAAUCGUUGCACUUUAGGAAAAGGUGUUCCCUGUGACUGCAGUCAUACUUGUGUUGUUAAACAUUAUUUCCUGUCUGUGAUUUCUUCUGAAAUGUCGUUGGAUUUCUGUUUCAUUUUGCUGUACUACUGAUUGUUUGGUUGUUGUCUGACUCCAUUAAAAUUUAAACAUCCACAAAUUUAAACGUACCAGCGAGGUUUGUUUCAAAGCAUUAAUGUGUAGGGAACAUUUAAAUCUUCAGUUUGUUCUUUCUUUUAUUGAAUUCCUCUUGAAGUAUGGUUUCUUUUCUUCCUCCAACCAAUUUGAUUUUUCGUCUUAUCUUUGGAGAUUUUUUUUCUUUGUGAGAGGAUACUUAGGUGUGACAAUAGGUAGCUCAGGCUAUCACAAGCACACCAUCAAGCAAGGGGGGCAUAUUGGGCGAGGUAUCAAUGUCUGAAUUUGCUGAGUCAUCAAAGUCUUCUUGAAUAGCAAUAGGGUGAGGACCUCCAACAUCCGGAGGGAGCUCGGAGUAGAGCCGCUGCUCCUUUGCGUUGAAAGGGGCCAGUUGAGGUGGUUCAGGCAUCUGAUCAGGAUGCUUCCUGGCCGCCUCCUGUUAGGUGUUUCAGGCAUGUCCCACUGCUAGGAGACCCUGAGGCUGACCCAGAACAUGCU